AUGGCGGACGCUGACGUCGACGAGCUUUCACAGCUCGAAUUUUUAUCUUUAGUGUCCAAAGUGUGCACGGAGCUUGACAACCAUCUUGGAAUCAGCGACAAAGAUUUAGCUGAAUUCGUUAUCAGUCUGGCGGAAAAAGAACCCACAUUCGACGGUUUUAAAGCGCUCCUGCUUGAAAAUGGAGCCGAAUUCACUGACUCCCUCAUUGGUAACUUGCUCAGACUUAUUCAGACUAUGAGACCCCCGUCUAAAUCGGCCGCAAGAAAAGCCUCUGAAGUUCAGAAGCCAAAGUCAGAAAAGGACCGGCUGAAGGAGUUGUUCCCCGCACUCUGCAAACCAAAUGAAGCACCACCGAAACUCCUGGAUGAAGAGGAUGUAAAGGUGGCAGCCGACGCUAUGAAGGAGCUGGAAAUGUUCAUGCCCAGCGUUAGCAGCAGCGACUCCAAAAGCGAGCGGAGCCACACGGACAAGAGCAGACGCCGCAGUCGGAGCAGAAGCCGUGACCGACAUAGGCACAGGGACGGUGACCGCAGGAGGCGCCGCCACUCGCGCUCCAGGUCCAGAUCUCGCUCCAGAGACCGUGACCGCCACAGGGACCGCGACCGCUCCAGGAGGCGAGAGCGGUCGUCCCGUUGGAGUGAUCGGUCGCCGAGCCCUCGUAGGGAUCGAGACCGGGAUUGGAAGGACAAACAUGUGGAUCGACCGCCCCCGGAGGAGCCAUCUGUUGGUGACAUAUACAACGGAAAAGUCACCAGCAUCAUGCAGUUUGGAUGCUUUGUCCAGUUGGAGGGCCUCAGAAAACGAUGGGAAGGUUUAGUGCACAUUUCUGAGCUGCGACGCGAGGGCCGGGUAGCCAAUGUUGCCGAUGUGGUCAGCAAAGGCCAAAGAGUCAAGAUCAAAGUUCUGUCUUUCACUGGCUCCAAAACCAGUCUGAGCAUGAAAGAUGUGGAUCAGGAGACGGGCGAGGACCUGAACCCCAACAGGAGGAGGAAUGUCGGACCCGACGGCAGCGAGGAAGUGAACAUGAGGAACCCCGACGGGCCAAGCAACCUCAACCUGGGCCCGGCCCGGGAACUGGAGCAGGAUGACACGCUGGAGAGGAAAAGGCUCACCAAGAUUUCUGAUCCAGAGAAAUGGGAGAUCAAGCAGAUGAUCGCCGCCAACGUUUUAUCCAAGGAAGAAUUCCCAGAUUUUGACGACGAGACAGGAAUCCUACCCAAAGUCGAUGACGAGGAAGAUGAAGACUUGGAAAUCGAGCUGGUCGAAGAGGAACCGCCGUUCCUGAGAGGACACACCAAACAGAGUAUGGACAUGAGCCCUGUCAAGAUUGUCAAGAAUCCAGACGGCUCGUUGUCCCAGGCGGCCAUGAUGCAGAGCGCUCUGGCCAAAGAGCGUCGGGAGCUGAAGCAGGCGGCACGUGAGGCCGAGAUGGACUCCAUCCCCAUGGGGCUCAACAAACACUGGGUUGACCCGCUACCUGACGCUGACGGCAGGCAGAUCGCGGCCAACAUGCGCGGCAUCGGGAUGAUGCCCAACGACAUCCCCGAAUGGAAGAAGCACGCGUUCGGCGGCAACAAGGCGUCGUACGGAAAGAAGACCCAGCUGUCCAUCCUGGAGCAGAGGGAGAGUUUGCCUAUCUAUAAGCUGAAGGAGCAACUCAUACAGGCCGUCCACGAUAACCAGAUUCUGAUUGUAAUCGGCGAGACGGGAUCGGGAAAGACCACGCAGAUCACGCAAUACCUGGCGGAAGCGGGCUACACCACGCGGGGGAAAAUCGGUUGCACGCAGCCUCGUCGUGUGGCCGCCAUGUCUGUCGCCAAAAGAGUUUCUGAAGAGUACGGCUGUUGUCUCGGACAGGAGGUGGGCUAUACCAUUCGAUUCGAGGACUGCACCAGUCCCGAAACGGUGAUCAAGUACAUGACUGACGGCAUGUUGCUGAGGGAGUGUCUGAUUGACUCGGAGCUUGGACAGUACGCCAUUAUCAUGCUGGACGAAGCCCACGAGAGGACCAUCCACACCGACGUCCUCUUUGGCCUACUUAAGAAGACGGUGCAGAAGCGCACGGACAUGAAGCUGAUCGUGACGUCAGCUACGCUGGAUGCUGUGAAGUUCUCGCAGUACUUCUACGAAGCGCCCAUUUUCACAAUCCCUGGGAGGACGUACCCAGUCGAGGUUCUCUACACCAAAGAGCCCGAAACGGAUUACUUGGACGCCAGCCUCAUCACCGUCAUGCAGAUCCACUUGACCGAGCCGCCUGGUGAUAUCUUGGUGUUUCUGACCGGGCAAGAAGAGAUCGACACGGCUUGCGAGAUCCUUUACGAGCGCAUGAAAUCACUCGGGCCUGAUGUUCCAGAACUCAUUAUACUCCCGGUUUAUUCGGCACUCCCUAGUGAAAUGCAGACCAGGAUUUUUGACCCGGCGCCGCCAGGCAGCAGGAAGGUGGUCAUCGCUACGAACAUCGCGGAAACGUCGCUAACCAUCGACGGCAUCUACUACGUGGUGGACCCCGGCUUCGUAAAACAGAAAGUCUACAACUCCAAAACGGGUAUCGACCAGCUGGUUGUGACGCCCAUUUCACAGGCUCAAGCGAAGCAACGGGCAGGCCGAGCCGGCAGAACGGGUCCGGGGAAAUGUUAUCGCCUCUACACGGAGCGAGCAUACAGGGACGAGAUGUUGACCACAAACGUGCCGGAGAUCCAGAGAACCAACUUGGCUAGCACGGUGCUCUCGCUCAAGGCCAUGGGUAUCAACGAUCUGUUGUCCUUCGACUUCAUGGACGCUCCUCCCAUGGAGACCCUGAUAACAGCCAUGGAGCAGCUGUACACUCUUGGUGCGCUGGAUGAUGAGGGACUGCUCACACGAUUGGGAAGAAGGAUGGCGGAAUUCCCCUUGGAACCCAUGUUGUGCAAGAUGUUGAUCAUGUCCGUGCAUUUGGGCUGCAGCGAAGAGAUGCUCACCAUCGUGUCCAUGUUGUCCGUGCAGAACGUCUUCUACAGACCCAAAGACAAGCAGGCCCUAGCAGACCAGAAGAAGGCAAAAUUCCAUCAGCCUGAAGGUGACCAUCUCACCUUGCUGGCUGUCUACAACUCAUGGAAGAACAACAAGUUCUCCAAUCCAUGGUGCUACGAGAACUUCAUUCAAGCUCGCUCGCUUAGGAGAGCGCAGGACAUCCGCAAGCAGAUGUUGGGCAUCAUGGACCGGCACAAGUUGGACGUGGUGUCUUGCGGCAAAGCCACAGUGAGGGUCCAAAAAGCGAUCUGCAGCGGUUUCUUCAGAAACGCAGCCAAGAAAGACCCUCAAGAGGGUUACAGGACCCUCAUAGACCAGCAGGUGGUCUACAUUCAUCCAUCCAGCGCUUUGUUCAACCGCCAACCGGAAUGGGUGGUCUACCACGAGCUGGUGCUCACUACCAAGGAGUACAUGCGUGAGGUGACCACCAUCGACCCUCGCUGGCUGGUAGAGUUCGCGCCCGCCUUCUUCAAGGUGUCCGACCCGACACGCCUCAGCAAGCAGAAGAAGCAGCAGCGACUUGAGCCUUUGUACAACCGCUACGAGGAACCCAACGCGUGGAGGAUAUCCAGAGCCUUCAGGAGACGCUAA